AUGGAGAGCAGCUGUCGUCAUCAGGUUCCUGCCAAGCAUGUCCGUCUGGCUCUUACCGCACUCGAGGCGAGCAUAAGCAGAACCACAACGGAAUCUGUUGGAGCAACUCGGCGUGAACAGUGCAACACGCCGUUGUGUAAAGCCGGACAAUUUUUGGUGAAGGAGACGAAGCACUGCCAGUUCUGUCCUCGUGGCACAUUCCAAGAUGAAGAACAACAUACCACAUGUAAAAUGUGCCCGACGAUCACACUACAGCCGCUCAGGGCGCGACGGCAGAAUCGCAAUGCUACUCCACGAACCAAUGUGCUACCGGUGAGGAUAACUGCUCGUGGCAUGCUCACUGCAUAG